UCGCGCAUGCGCAGUGGCAGUCUCGUGCAUUGUGGGAGCGGAUUGAGAAACAUGGCGGCGCACAUCAUUGUCCGGUGUGUCCGAUCACUGAACCACCGUAUUGUAUGUUUUAACCGUAUCAAUACUGCCGCGACAUUAACAGCAGCUCCGCUCACCCAUGACCGAACAUUUUCACAGCUGAUUAAUGGACACAAGUCUCCGCUGGCGCAGGUCUCCGGCAGUUCAUUUCAGGUUUUUCAGUGGAGGCAGUACGGUGACUUGCCCCCAUUAACCCUAGAGACUCUCCAUGACCGUGUCCUCUACGUCCUGAAGCUCUACGACAAGAUCAACCCCGAGAAUCUUCAGGCUACGUCUCACUUCAUGAAGGAUUUGGGAUUGGACAGUUUAGACCAGGUGGAGAUCAUCAUGGCCAUGGAAGAUGAAUUUGGUUUUGAAAUUCCUGAUGCUGAUGGAGAGAAGUUGAUGACACCACAAGAGAUUGUUCAGUACAUCGCAGACAAGAAGGAUGUUUAUGAAUGAGCAUAAAUAAUCAUUAUAAAGAUAAUCCCGUCAGAUGACAAAGACCAUGGAGCUUUUGUCAUGAACUGUUUGUUUCUGCUGUUCUUCGUUAUUCUUUUUGUAUUUAGAUACAUGUUUAAAUCGGUGUUCAUAAUUUUGUUUGUGGCUGCUUGUGAUUUGCAGCUCUGCAGCACUGUCUGCUAGAUACAUGCACAAGCUCCUCAUUCAUACAAUAAGAGUGUGCAAAUAAUGUGAAUAAUUCAUAUGAAUACUACAAAAAUAAAGACUUUGAAUAAGUUUAAAA